GACGGCUCUGGUUACAAAGGCUAUAUAGGUUCUUCUGCAAUACUUUACAGGGAUGGGCAGGAGGAAAGCGCGAUCCGCUAUCGACUAGGUUCAGAGGAACAUCACGAGGUUUACGAAGGAGAAUGUAUUGGCAUGAUACUGGGCCUACACCUAACACGAGCACAAGAGUCGGUGACAGCUGUGUCCAUUUGGGCAGACAACACAGCAGCCAUCACUGCGACAGACACGAGCAAAACAGGACCAUCCCAUUACAUCCUUGACAUCUUUCAUCACACUCUAACGGCCUUGCGAGCACAACACCCUGAUGCAACUGUCACAAUAUCCUGGAUCCCAGGACACGUCGGAGCAGAGGGAAAUGAACAAGCUGAUGAAGAAGCAAAGAAGGCGGCGAGUGGACGCUCAAGCCGAAAGGAACGACUUCCCCCACAGCUUCAACGCCCUUUGCCUCACAGCCAGACAGCAGCCAUACAAACCUUCCGUCGCAAACUCGAAGAA